AUGGCCAGCAGGGCGGUGUCAGGGUGCCUGCUGUGUGCGGUUGCCCUGGUCUUCCUCGUGCUGCUGCAGGGCACACAGUCAGUCUACAUCCAGUACCAAGGCUUCCAGGUCCAGCUGAAAUCGGUGAAGCAGCUGAAUGACCUGGCGGAUCAAUGGGUGCCCAGCCCCGGCCUGCAAGACCAGAGUCCCCAGCCCUCUGUGUGCCAUCACCCGGCCCUGCCACUGGACCUCCGGCCCAUCUGUGCCUCUAAGGAUGCAGCUAGCAUCUUCCAGGCCUUGAGGACCAUCGCUGACGACGACUGUGAGCUGUGUGUGAAUGUUGCCUGUACCGGCUGCAGCUGA